GCAGUAAUGUCAUUUAAAAAGUCCUUAUUUGGCUUAGGUGGUCGAUAAACAGUGCAUAUAAUAGUUGGAGUCGAUCCCGCAAGCUGUGAUGCAAUGUAUUCAAACGAACGGAAGAGUGGGGCGGAGACAGGGAGAACUUUCCACUGCUUCCGAUGAAUCAUCGCAAGACCUCCGCCCCGCCCCGAUUCACGAGGUUGGCAAACAUAAACAAACUCAGGUGGAAUAGAGUCGUUGAGGGAAACAAAAUCAUUAUGCUGUUGCCACGUUUCAGUCAAACAUAGAAAAUCCAACUUACGCACAGAAAGGAGAUCCUGGACGAGAUGUCCCUUACCAGUCAGAGAGCGGAUGUUUAAUAAUCCAAAGUUGACGCUGGAGUUAGCCUGCUUGACUAUAGGAUUAGCCGACCUGGUUAGGCGAGCUAAAACAUUGUGGUUAACAUCCCGGUUAGUGUUGCGAGGAUGACGGCGAGAUGAAGACAAGAUGGAUUUUAUCGGGUUAGUGUAGUCGUAACUGAAUUUCUUCCGGGACCCUCGGUGGACAUAUCUGUGGCGAGGCUUGAAAGCGAUUUCCGGGUGGAGGUGAAGCGCCACAGGUGGAGGGACGGCCAGGUGGACACGGAGCCGCAAAAGCUCAGUAAUAGAGUAUUGAAGCAGUGCUGUCGUAGGGCGGUGAAUGAUGACUAAAACAGUCCAGGGCUCCAGUGCCAUGAGACUUGCAGUGAUCUUGUUCUGGACUCUUGCUGACAUCAUGCUCCUAGCUGGGGCUGACUAUCCGGAUGAAGAGUGCCACUUUGAAAAUGGUUCUGUGCCCAACUGCAGCCAAAAGCUUUGGAAACACCUGUUUGAAUGACUACAGUCAGACGAUAAGCUGUGUGCUGGAGGGGAUCGAAUCCUGUGCCGCAGAAAACACAUUCUGCUGGUUGGAGUUUAACUCAGAAUACACACAGCUGAAUUGCUCAAUACAGAAUACUGGAAACUGCACUGCUUUUGGAGAUGAUUCAUCAUUUGAAGAUUAUUCUAUAUUUAAUAUUUUUCUCUGCAUCACACGGAAUGGACAGACAAAUAAAACGUUAAUCAUUCCGAACUACAAGUCUAUGUGUAACAUUAAACCAGUAACUCCGCCUAACCUAACUGUACACCAGCGUCUGGAUGGUUACUUUUUCACUUGGGACCAUGGAUAUCAUGAAUAUCUAGUUGACAACCUAAAAUAUGAAUUCUUAGUCUACAGAAAUGGACAUCCUAACUCAAAGAGUUUUAACCCGAGCAACAACAGCUACUACAUCAGAGUUGAAAACCUUGAGCCUGACACGAUGUAUGUUGCCAAAGUGAGGUCCAAAAUGAGGGGUGCGUAUGGUGGCCCAUGGAGUGAGGACAGCAAAGCAGUAACAUGGAAUACUACGAGGAAACAUGAAGAUUCCGCCACAUUGCUGCCUUUCGGAAAGCUUGAUAUCCUGCUCUACUUGGUAGCCGCUCUCUUCUUCUUUGCCCUCUUCAGUUUUACUGCAAGGCAGAAGCUUAAAGCGUUCUCCAAGAUACCAACACCUGCGCCGUACUUUCAGCCUCUCUACAAGAUUUAUAAAGGGAAUUUCCAGAACUGGCUUGUGCAUCCAAGCUACAUGGGAGACUGCAAAAUGGAUGAGCUGUUGAAAAUAGACACUUUAAUCGAAGCCAAACCAAUCAGCAAUGAGGAGAGCUUUCAGCCCCCCCCUCUGCACUCUCCUCGAUUCCAAGCUCCUUACGUCUGCUAUGAUGAAAAAGACUGGACUGUACGUGACCAGAAUGACUGUUCCUGCAGCCCAGAGCCACUCUCAGUCCAGAAAAUCAACAUGAAUGACAUGCAAAAUAUUCAGUCUCAGGACCUGAGUGACACAGACUUCAAAGAUCUGACAUUCAGCUUAGACAGCAAUGAGUCACAGGGGGUUCCACCCAAGGAACUAGAGAGUCCAGGUUACCAUGAUGACUACUGCACGCUUGCUGACACGCCCAACGGCCUCGUUCCCACUGUUAUGGUCACAAAGAUCUCUGGGAAGUCACUGGAGGCAGAAUGCUCACCGAACUCAGAAAUGGACCUCAAUGCUACAGGCUGACACGUGAAACAUGCCUGCAACAUACGAGGGUUGGACAAUGAAACCGAAACGCCUGGUCAAUAGUGUUUGAGGUUUCACGCCUAUACUGUAUAUGCGCAGCCUGGAGGCCUGUCUUCACUGACUGCACAUUCCAUCAGUAUGUGCAGAAUGUAAAGGUUGAAUAAGCAGAGAAAUAGCAGAGAUGUACAUAAAUUUUUGCAAUCCACACAACAUAAUAUGAGACAUAUCAGAGUUCAAAAGAGGACAAAUCAUUGGUGUGCAUCUCACUGGCGCAUCUGUGAUCAGGAUAGUAAGUCUUUGUGGUGAAUCGAGAGUCACGGUACCCUGGGUAAUGUCGACAUACCACCACUUAGGAUGGACCACAUCCAACAGGAGUAACUGUGGAAGCAAGAGGAAUCUGUCUGAAAGGGAUGUCUGGGCACUAACCUGGAUUGUAUCCAAAACACAUAAAACUACAGCUGCCCAACUCACUGCAGAAUUAAAUCCACUCCUUGACUCUCCUGUUUCCACCAAAACUGUUUGUCAGGAGCUCCACAGGGUCAGUAUUCAUAGUUGGGCUGCUAUAGCCAAACUUUUGGUCACUCGUGCCAGUGCCAAACGUCAGUUCUAUGGUGCCAGCAGAGCAAUGUUUGACUGUGGACAAUGUGAAACAUAUUGUUCUCUGAUGAGUCCAGCUUCACUGCCUUUCCCACAUCUGGGAGAGUCAUGGUGUGGAGACGUCCGUCCCAAAAGAGGCUUAGCACCCGGACUGCUGUGUACUCAGAGUGCAGCACAGGGGUGGAUCGGUGAUGCUUUGGACGGCAAUAUCAUGGCAUUCCAUAGGCCCACUACCCGUUCUAGAUGGCCAUGUCACUGCUAUGGACAACCAAACCAUUCUGGAGGACCAUGUUCACCCAGUGGUUCCAACAUUGCACCCUGAAGGUGGUGCCGUGUAUCAGGAUGAUAAUGCACCAAUACACAUAGCAAGACUGGUGACAGAGUGGUUUGAUGAACUUGAAUGUGAAGGUGAACAUCUCCCAUGGCCUGCAAAAUAUUAUUGAGCCAAUUUAGGGUGUUUUUGGAGGAGCGAAUCAGGAAUUGUUUUCCUCCACCAGCAUCAUGAAGUGACCUGGCCACUGUUCUGCAAGAGGAAUGGCUCAAAAUCCCUCUGACCACUGUGUGGGACUUGUGUUUGUCUUUCCCAAGAUGCAUUAAUGCUGUAUUGGCUGCAAACGUAUGGCUACACCAUACUAAUAAAUUACUGAGGUCUAAAACCAGGUGUUUCAGCUUCAUUUUCCCAGACUUGUAUGUCAUAGCAGUACUUUUAACUGUAAUGUGAUGCUGAGCAGAACCGUGAGAAUCUGGGAUCUAAAAUAACUGUCCAGAUGGAACAAACCAACAAAACAAACAGACAAAGGUGAAAAACCCAGCCUGCAAUAAUACCACUAUAUGACAAGCACACUUGGUACAGUAUGAGUGAGUCAGUUUCAUUAUGUUAAUUUCUGGAAAGGAAAAAAAACAGGUUACAGUGUUACUGUGAAAAGUGACACGGUAUUGCUUUAGAAAGAAUACAACUGAUGAUCUUUCAUUAUUGAAUUUGUCACACGAAUUAUUGGUGAUUUCGUUGUUUGGUUUAUACUGGUUGAUAUCAUCUUGCUGUUUAUUAAACAUUAUAUGUUAAAUAGAUUUCUCUAAAAUGUGUAUUUAAUAUUCUGUAUAACACACUGUUAAAUGGUUUUAUAAUACAUAACUGGAAUACAGCUGAUACAGUAUGUUUCUUUAGUCAAAAUGAAGAGAGAUGCUGGUGUUUUCUGUGAUGCAUUUAGCUGCUUGAUAAGUAAAACUUCUUUAUAUAUAGUAUAAUGUUACAUUUACGUAUUUUCUCACUGUACUAUCAGUCAUGGCUCUUUCAUUCUACUGUAAUGACAAUUUUCUUAAACUGGGGAUAUGUUAAUUACAGUUCCCUCCACCAUUAUUGUAAAGAUUUGUUAAAAGGGAUAGAAAAAAUGCCGGGAAACUAAAACUGGGCCGUUAUUUGGAUCUUCCAGCAGGACAGUGAUCCUAAGCACAUGUCCAAAUCAACAGAAAAAUGGUUAGCAGACGAAUCAAGCUUCUGCCAUGGCCAUCUCAGUCCCCUGACUGGAACCCCAUUGGAAACCUGUGGGCUGAGCUGAAGAGGAGCGUGUAUAAGAGAGGACAUAGGAAUCAUCUCAGAUUCCCUGCUGUAUUCUCCAAUCCUAUAAAAUGUUAUAGGAGACGACUCAGUGCCGUUAUACUGCCAAAGGGAGGUUGUACAAAGAAUUAAUUGCUGGGGUGCCAAUAAUCAUGGCACAUG